AUGGCCCGCAUUCAGAUUCCCGUCGACGUUCUCACGUCUCGUCUCAACAUUGGAGACCGCAUCAACAGCAUGCGCUCCGGCGGCCUUGCCAACCGCUUCUCCAACCUCCGUCCCAUCUCCGAGUUCUUCGACUUCAAGCGCGUCUCGAAGCCCCAGAACUUUUCCGAAAUCCAGUCCCGCGUCAACUACAAUCUCGGCUACUUCUCCAGCAACUAUGCCGUCGUCUUCGUCAUGCUCAGCCUGUACGCCCUCUUGACCAACUGGCUUCUCCUAUUCGACAUCAUCCUCGUCGUCGCCGGCAUGUACCUCAUCGGCCGCCUCGAGGGCCGUGAUCUCGAGGUCGGCAACUUCAAGGCGACGACCUCGCAACUCUACACUACUCUUCUCGUCAUUGCUAUUCCUCUCGGUCUUAUUGCUUCGCCCUUCAGCACCAUCAUGUGGCUGAUUGGCGCCUCUGGCGUGACUAUUCUCGGUGGUCGGCCGCGAGCUCCCGAUUUUGCGCCCCAAUGGGGAAGACCAUCGAGGCGCGGGCGGCGGAGGGGGGAACAUGGGGGCCAAGACUUCUGGGACCCGAUUCGGCGGGUCGUUGAGGAGGUUGACACGGACGAAGAUGGCGAGGCUGCGGAGGGCCGUGGAGCAGGUAAUGGUUUAAACAAGGGGCGGAGUAGACGAUUUGGCGGCGAGGAGUCGUCCCGAUAUCCGGGUAUAGACAUGGGUGAACAAGGAAACAACAAUCACGUAACGGCGAGAAGAGGUUUUGCUUACCAUUCCGAAGAGGAGGAAGAAGGGGGUGAUGGCAGGAAACACGAUGAUGAAAGUUCAAGUGACGACGACCUAGCGAGCGUGGAUCUGGACGCGCUCUCUCCGGCGGAAAGGGACGAAGUUCUUUUGCGGUCCGCUUUCCGCCAGAUCGAGAGAGCAAAGGAAAAGGGCAGGUCGGACGUCCAUCUCACCAAGGAAGAAUUGGCGGCGUUGGAACGUAGGAGGAAACGCAUGGAGGAGGAAGCGGCUGCCCGGAAGGCGGCACGAAAGAGGUCAAGAUCUCAGCGCGUCGCAGUACCCUUAUCUCAGUUCGAGCCGACCUCUCGUAAGAAGAGAGUGCCUUCGGCGGCUGAUUUGGCGGCUCUCGAUCCUCAUAGCAGCGGUGGUGGCUACCCGCCCAUGGGGUACUUCCCACCUCCGUCGGCAACAAGAACACGAUCGUCUACGACAAGCUCCGGCCGCCCUCCCAGUCGCGGUGGGGAUCGCCGUGGGUCUCCGCCAUUUACAUACUCCUACGUGGAGCAGCAGCAGCAGAUAUUGAUGCAGCGAUACGCGUCGGACCCUAACGCUUCCCGGUCCAGGGGGGCCCGGGCGAGACACGAAGAAGACGCCGAGGCCUCGUCAAACUCAUCCAACACGAGCCCGCGGCCUCCCGUCCCCGUCGACCCUUUCCAGUAUCAGGUUGCGGGUCCGCGCGCGCCUCGCGCUCCUGGCGCUGCGGCCCCUUCCGGUGCUAGGAGACCGGUAUCGGGCCCGGCGGAAGUUGCGUACGGUGGUCCUCGUCGGGACACGGUGACAGGGCCUCCUGCUGCAGCUAGGAGGCAGGCCAAACCGAACGAGGAGACGAGCGAGGAGUCUAGCGAGGGUUCAAGCGAUGACGAUGAUGACGACGAGGACGGUGAUGAAGACAACGGUGUUCCCGCUAAGGCCCCGAGUCCUCCUCAGACGAGAAGAGCAACUCGCGCCACGGCCAUCGUUGUCGAGGAGGAGGAGAGGCCUAAGAAGCCCCCCACUCCUCAGAAGAAACCUGCUGGCGAUAAGAGCGGCGGUGGUGGAGGAGGAGGAGGAGGACAGAGGAGGCGGAAACGGAGAUGA